CUCCCCCAGAUUGGCAUCGAACUGUACCUGGUGGAGGACCACUUAUUAUCCAUCUGCUUCUGUUCACCUUACACUCUUUUGCUUCACUUUUUCUCUUUUGCUGUUCCUCCUGCUCCGUGAGAGCGCGUCAUGCGCAGUUCCUCCAAUGGCUGAGCUCUAUCCUUCAUUGGCCCAGUGCGCCAUCGUCGCAACGGCCUUCAAGAUUCUUCUUUUCCCCGCAUACAAAUCCACGGACUUCGAGGUGCAUCGGAACUGGCUUGCGAUCACUCAUUCAUUACCCGUUCAGGAAUGGUACUACGAGAAAACAUCGGAAUGGACGCUUGAUUACCCUCCCUUCUUCGCCGCCUUCGAAUGGCUUCUUUCACAAGCAGCUUCCUAUGUGGAUCCUGCCAUGCUAUUGGUGAAGAAUCUCAACUAUGAUUCGUGGCAGACGGUAUAUUAUCAAAGGGCUACUGUAAUUGUUACGGAACUGGUUCUUCUAUUUGCUCUUAGCAGAUUCGUCAAGUCCGUGCCGCAGCAGAACAGACAUCUCGCUCAUAUCGCCAGCCUGUCCAUCCUCUUGUCUCCCGGCUUGCUCAUUAUUGAUCACAUUCAUUUCCAAUAUAACGGAUUUCUCUACGGCCUCCUCAUCCUGUCCAUUGUUCUGGCCCGGAAGCAGUCGACGUUGCUCUACAGUGGCAUCACUUUUGCAGCUCUGCUGUGCUUUAAGCACAUUUACCUGUAUCUUGCGCUCGCCUAUUUCGUCUACCUGCUGCGAGCCUACUGCUUGGACCCUAAAUCGGUCUUCCGGCCCCAGAUCUUUAACACGAUCAAGCUGGGGGUUGGCGUCGUGGGUAUCUUUGCUCUGGCAUUCGGUCCGUUCGCCUCUUGGGGCCAGCUCCUUCAGCUGAAAGACAGGCUCUUUCCGUUCUCGAGAGGUCUGUGUCAUGCAUAUUGGGCGCCAAAUGUCUGGGCCAUGUACUCAUUCGCAGAUCGCGCCUUGAUUCCACUUGCCCCGCGCUUGGGACUACCAGUCAAUCGUGAUGCCUUGUCCAGUGUUACGCGCGGUCUCGUAGGCGACACUUCGUUCGCGGUACUCCCAGAGGUGACCAAGGAGCACACUUUCGCACUCACAUUCCUCUUCCAAUUGCUGCCAUUGACCAAGCUCUGGCGCCGGCCAGACUGGGAAACCUUCGUGGGGGCCGUUACUCUGUGCGGUUACGCAUCCUUCCUGUUCGGCUGGCACGUUCACGAAAAGGCCGUUCUCCUGAUCAUCAUCCCUUUCAGCCUCAUCGCCCUCAAAGACCGGCGGUAUUUCAGCGCGUUCCGACCGCUGGCUGUAGCGGGACAUGUUUCUCUGUUCCCGCUGCUUUUCACGGCCGCGGAAUUCCCGAUCAAGACUGUCUACACCGUUUUCUGGCUUGUACUGUUCCUCUUUGCCUUCGACCAGGUGGCGCCGGUCCCCGAGCGGCGUCGCGUCUUCUUCGCCGAUCGCUUCUCGUUGCUCUAUCUGACUGUGGCCAUCCCACUCAUCAUCUAUUGUUCCGUGGGACACCAGCUUAUUUUCGGUCUGGGACGCUAUGAGUUCCUCCCGUUGAUGUUUAUGAGCAGUUAUUCCGCUCUUGGGGUUGUCGGGAGCUGGAUUGGAUUUAUGGUGGUUUAUUUCACAGCAUAGUCUCGAGAACGAGAAAGCAUCAGAAUCUAUACUUUCAAUCCUGCGGGGUUGGGGAGCAUUUACCAUAAAAGCUUCCACACAAUAAGAUCAAAUAUCAGUAACUAC